AUCGGAUUUCUACGUGGAGAAUUAAAAAUUUCGAAGAAAAACAAAUAAAAAUUCCAUGAUUUAAAGACAAUUUUAGUGCAAAAAGACAUUUUGUGAUUGUGCAGGAAGUGAAAAACUUCCAAAAAGUGAUAAAAAAACAGGCUGACGGAACUGAUUAAUUCAGUGAAUUAGGAAUCGAAAAUGAUGCAAUUUAUGUUAUUAUUCAGCCGUCAAGGCAAAUUAAGGCUCCAAAAAUGGUACGUCGCACAUCAAGACAAGGUCAAGAAAAAGAUCACCCGUGAACUUAUCACAACAAUUCUCACGAGAAAGCCCAAAAUGUGCUCAUUUCUCGAAUGGAAAGACUUGAAAGUUGUCUAUAAAAGAUAUGCAAGUUUAUACUUUUGCUGUGCAAUCGAGCAAAAUGACAACGAAUUGCUCACACUGGAAAUAAUUCACAGAUACGUCGAAUUAUUAGAUAAAUAUUUCGGAAGUGUGUGUGAAUUGGACAUAAUUUUCAACUUUGAAAAAGCCUAUUUCAUCCUCGAUGAACUCCUAAUCGGCGGCGAACUGCAAGAAACGUCAAAGAAAAAUGUGCUCAAGGCCAUUGCGGCACAAGACGUCUUACAAGAGGAUGAAGCAGUUGAAGGCGCACUUAAAGAUAUUGGACUUUUAUAAAAUCAAAAUUAUGCACAAUAGAGAUUUUUAUAGCGACAAACAAACAAAACACUUCUUCAUACACAUUCUAACAAAUGUAACCCAAAAAAUGUCUUAAAAAUAAGUGAAAAAUAUGUAAAAUUUAGGAUGAUAAAUUGUUACGUACUUCGAUCAAAUUUAACAAAAAAUCGACCAAAAAACUGUUUUUAAGAAUUUAUUUAGAGUCAUAGAUGAUAAAAAGUAGAAGACUAACAUGGUGACUAUAU